AUGGGCUACCGUGUGGUGCAGAUCCCGCACUGGCAGUGGAACCGGAUCAUGCACCGGAAGCAGAGGGUCGAGUAUCCGAUGUCGCGGUAUUACGCCAUCAAGGACCGCCGCGAGCUGGAGCCCCGGGACGCCGAGCCGGCCGACGUCGCGACCAAUCAGCUGGACUACCUGGGCGAGUACUUCUUCCGCAAGGAGAUGCCCUCAUCCCACUGGUCCUGGCACCAGCCCCGCGUCGACCCAGCCUACCGGCUGCCUCCAGGAUCGGUCCCCAGGUCUGACCGCACGGGAGGCAGGCCGCUCUGGAGCGCCCCGUAG